AGGCUUAGAUAUUUUACCCUCUCUGAAUAUAAUUUUAGAUUUAGAAUCAGCUUAAAUCCAAGGGGAAAACACUUUAUAAGGUUGAAAGCUGUGUAGUUGCAACAGCCAGGGUUAUGAGCUAUCAAAUGCAAUUACAUUAAAACAGAUUAUACUGUGCAAAUUGAGCCAUUUAGAAGGUGAGAACCAAAGAAACAGCUCUGAUCUCCCUUUUUUCUAAAUUGCAGUUUUAGUUCCUUGCAAUUCUGAGGUACAAAAGUAGGUGAGACUGCUUUUGUAUCUGCAAAGUGCUUCAUUUCUGAAUGUAAUUCUAACUGAGUGCAAUCUAGGUUAAAAGCUGGACAACUGGGUAAUUAGAGCUCACUCACUGCUAAAGGACGAUCAGCUGUACUAUAGCUCAUCUGUGUUCCCAGAGACUAGUUCUCUUCUCUUCUGAGUGGAGCCUGCUGGCAAAGAAGCAUCUACCCCCAGACUCUUCUUGAUCCCUGAGAUGAUGGUGCUGGACAAGGAGGACGGAUUGAUGGUGUCUGCAUAAUUUUCCGUGUGUGACCCAGCCUCGGUACUUCAGUCACAAAGGUGUGCCAAUGUUAUCUGUGCAACCCAAAGGGAAACAGAAGGGCUGUGCUGGCUGCAACCGAAAGAUCAAGGACCGCUACCUUUUGAAGGCCCUGGAUAAGUACUGGCAUGAAGACUGUCUAAAGUGUGCCUGCUGUGACUGCCGUCUUGGAGAGGUUGGAUCAACUCUUUACACGAAAGCAAAUCUUAUUCUUUGCCGCAGAGAUUACCUGAGGCUCUUUGGUACCACCGGGAAUUGUGCUGCUUGCAGUAAACUGAUCCCUGCCUUUGAGAUGGUGAUGAGGGCCAGAGAUAAUGUUUACCAUUUGGACUGCUUUGCCUGCCAGCUCUGCAACCAGCGAUUUUGUGUGGGAGACAAAUUUUUCCUGAAGAACAACAUGAUCUUGUGUCAGAUGGACUAUGAGGAAGGGCAGCUUAACGGAAGCUUUGAAUCCCAAGUUCAAUAACGAACCCUGCUUCACUGAAGCACUGUGGGAUGGACGUUCGACCACACGAGCAGUGAGGGGCGUCUGUCAGCUUGCCUGCAAUAUUUUUUUAAUUCUUGGUCCAGAAAGGACUAUAUACAUUGUAGUACUUUUCCCCCUUCCGCCCCCCCAACACAAAGCAGUUACAAUUUUAGAUGUACAGUUGUGCCUGCUUAGCUGAGCACUGCAUUGCCUGUAUGUUUGUGAGUUUUUGAGGUCUGGGGGAGGGCUCUGUACAGUCUGUUUUCUGUAUAUAAACUGGAACAUUUAUUUUAUGAAAAAUGUAAUGCAAUUUUAUUACUGGUGUGAAUUAAAAAUUAUG